AUGCACGUUCCCUCCUCGGUCCUCUGGGCCAUCGGCCUCACGAUUACCUCAGCCUAUGGCUAUGAGUUAAACUUCCACAAAUCUCCCGGUGGCCAAUGUGCUAGUGAGGCCAUCGGUUCCUGGUCCGGCGAUCUAAGCUCGGGAUGUCACAAAGAAUAUGCGGGCGCCGCUCACGAUAUCAGAGUGACACCGGACAGCCAUGAAGGCAGCCAUACUGUGGCCUUCUAUAGCAGCGAUGACUGUAACCCAGAGAACCUGAUCAAGAAGCACCACAUCGGCUGCUCAGCUCCCAAGUACCGCUCGUUCCGGGUCGUCGAACGGGCCACCCAUUUCAAAGUUGGCAACACCAACUCCCCCAGCAGCUUAAUCGCUGCAACUUCAAAAAACCAGAAGCUGCGACGUGAACAGGGUGCCUUCCCUGUCAGUCACGGAGAUGUCUUCGAUCACCACGGCGUCACUCGCAGGUGGCACCAACUCGCCAAGGACACCUUCAGUGGAGUCCCCAUCGAUGAGUGGGAUGACGAAAUCCACACGGCCAGCGACCACGAGCUGAAGAUCGAAUCCUCUCUGACAGAACGCGACAUUGAGGAGAGCUUUCUGUCCCUUCUAAGUGAGCGGGAUCUCGAAGACGGCACCGGCAUGUGCAUGGACACCAUUCAGUGUACGGCGGAUUUGGUAUCGGGUGCGGUCGGGGGCUUGAAAAAAUGGGCUCCUAUAAUUCUAGACAAGGCAGUCGCAGCAGCCAAGGAGAAUGGAGAACCGUUGUGGGACUUCUUGAACAAGCCAUUCAUUACAGCCCUCAUGGGAGGUCCAGUUGGUAUGGCAGGCACCAUCGGUGCUAUGUUCGUCAACAACAAGUACGCGCCUGGACUCGACAAGGAUCAAGCCGGGCAGUGCAUGACGGAGGGAACUGCGCAGGAAUUGAUCAAAGCUUUGGUGGCAAACACCCUCGCGACAAACAAUGUGGCGGCAAUGAUGAGUAGAGUCGAGGGAGACAAGGGAGAGUUGGCGGAUGUCUCAGUGGCUGUCGAUGAGGAUGGAGAGAAGCCCAUUGACUGUGGUGUUACUGGGGAGUAG